UUCGGUUGUCUUCGCGGAAGUAAGUGUACCGCCAUAACACAGCCAUUAACAUGGGUGCAUCGCUGGAUACUCCGACCAAGUGUCCUCUCUGCAGCGAGCUGACGCGGGAGCCCGUCACCCUUAAGUGUAACCACCGCUUCUGCCAGCGAUGUAUUGCCGAUUUGUGGAGUGUUUGCCCCUCUGGGCCUUUCCACUGUCCGGAAUGGAGGUGCAAAACAAGCUACAAGACGCUGCCCUUUGACAGCAGUUUGUUAUGGCCGCCAAACACAAGUCGACGGGCUUGGACGCCCAACAGUCCUGGCACAUCUGCCUCCCCGCUGACGAGGCCCACCCUGGCCAGCCGACUGCUAGGCAAGAGAAAGGCCAGCAAACCGGUUCCAGAGCAACCUGACACAAAGCGACCAGCUCCUUGUAACAGAUCAGAUGACACCCAGACUACAAUAAAUUCUGUGUCAGACACAGCAGGAGAUGUCGGCGCCGUGGAGGCAACCAGGAACGGGGUGAACUCUGAAUCGCAACAAUCUGGGUGUGACGACAUGGGUGACGAUGUCACUCGACGUUCGAGUGAGGUGUCGCAAGGCAGCUCCUGUCAACACGGCGCAGCGGAAUGGGUUGAUACCGAGGACUCGGGUGAUUGCUGCACUGAAGUGGAAUCAUGUGAUGCCCCCCCUCUCGCGAAUCCCCAAGUGACAGAAAACCACACCUUGCCGAACAAACCCGCCUCAGCUGCCAACAGUUCAUUUCCCGCCGCCUCAUCUUCUGUGACAUCGGUGCCUCCUGUCAGCAAGUCAGCGCCUCACGUGUCCCCCAGGAAGGCGGCUGCAACCUCAGGGUCGCCGAGCAAGAUUGGCAUACCCUCCAAGAUGGAGGGCAGAAACAACACCCCCGUGCAGUGCCAUUACUGCCCUAAAAGCGUGCUCCGGGUGGCCGUGAAGACCUGUCUGGUGUGCGGGGCUUCCAUGUGCGCGGACCAUCUGCGCCCCCACAUGGAGUCCCCCGUGUUUCAAAGCCACUCCCUGGUUCCACCCACGGCGGACAUCUCGCUUUGGAGGUGCCAGGAGCACCAGGAGAUGAACCGCAUCUACUGUCGGCAGUGCGCCGCCUGCGUGUGCACCGUGUGCACCGUCAUCGGCUCCCACCGCCACCACGUCUGCAUCAGCAUCAGGGAUGCGGAGCAGGAGCUCAGGGGCCAUCUGAUAGAGGAGAUCAAACAGCUGCAGGCGGCCGAACAGCAAGUCAAAGACAGAGUGACUGAAUUCACUCAGAUGAAGGAGAAGGUCAAAGCCCUUUUGAGUGAUUCGCGGGCAGGAGUGCGGCAGCAGUACAGCGCCAUCAUCGAGGCCCUGCAGCAGGAGGAGCAAUCGGCUCUCCGGUGUGUGGAGAAGGAGGAGAGCAGAGUGGUGGGGGGUCUGGAGGAGAAACUGGGCCACCUUCAGAACUCCCUAAAGUCCAUCCAGCAAGGUCUCCACACCUUGGAGGCGCUGGCCGAUGACGGCAAGGGGGAAAAACUCAUAAAGGACCAGGCCUUCAUUUUGGAAUACAGCAAGGUUGAACAAUUCGAUGCGGCAAGUUGCGUGGAUCAGCUGGACACUCCAGAGGACGUGGAUGAAGCUCGACUGCGGUGUCUUCAGACGUGGACCGAGAAUCGUCUGGACAAGGUGGUGAUCGCUGACCCGAGCAAGGACAAGGAUCUCUACAAGCUGCUCUACGGCACCGUGCCCACGUUGGACGCAGACACGGCCCACGCCAAGCUGAAGCUGUCUGAUCGCAACAGGAGGGUGACCUACACCGACGCCCAGCAGGGCUACGCCGAGCAAGAAUCCCGUUUCAGCGCCUUCCCACAAGUGCUGGCGUGCCACGCCCUGGAGGGGGGUCGCUGGUACUGGGAGGUGGACGUGUCCGUGGACGAAGGCCGCUGGAAGGUGGGACUGUGCGAGGGUGGCAUGGAGCGGAAAGGUCAAAGGGACAGCUCUUGUUUGGGCUUCAACCUGUCGUCAUGGUGCCUGGCGUGCGACAGGAGGAAGCUCCAAGCGCUGCACAACAAGGCGCCGACUCCCGUGAGCGCCGAGAGGCUGCAGCGGGUAGGCGUGUUCCUCGACUGCGAGGAGGGGAUUCUGACGUUCUUCAACGCGACACCAGGGGGCGGUCUUGCUCCAAUACAUUCCUACAAGCACAGCUUCACUGGGCCUCUGUACCCAGCAUUCUCUGUGUCCAAAACACAGCUGGCCAUCUGUCAUCUAUUUUAA